AUGAUUGAACAAAUUCCGGGCACAGAACUCAUAGAUAGCAAGUGUAACGUGCUCCUACUUUACCAUCCCACAGUUCCUGGGGACCCACCGGCAAAUGUCAGAGCCAGCCCAGACAGCACCACGAGCAUCAAAGUGGAAUGGGCUCCAGUACCGGAGUGCAAAAGUAAUGGAAAUAUCAUCAAUUACAUCGUUGAGGUGUAUAACAGUACUUUGGGGGAAGUACACUAUGCUAAUGUCAGCGGGAGUGAAUUUUCCGAGGUCAUUGAGGGCCUACAAGAGUACACAAAUUACUCUGUUAAAGUGUUCGCCGCGACGGCCAAGGGCGAAGGUCCAUCAAGUGAAUAUAAAAACACGACAACUCACCAGCCAGGUUCGUAUAAAGAAAACAAUUUUUUCAUUGCCGGCGAGUGA